GUGUAGGUGUGAUUUAUUUGAAUGUGUUAUCAACCCCUUUUCUGUUUUACCUUUACCUCCUGAAAGGAGUUCUACCGAAAAGAGAAGCAUCAAAUGACAAUGCCUGAAGAUCUUCCAGAGACAUUUGAACGCUGUGCAGAAAUGUUCAGACAGAAACUAUUGUCAUACCAAAGUCAGACAGAUGAUUACUACAACUCCUGUCUUAAAGAAUUUCAGGAUCAGUUGAAGUUGUUUGAAGAGGAACUCCCUUACGUCUCUCAGUUGGCGGUUGAUAGUCUUUUAAAAGAACAUGAGCAGAAGCUCAGCAAUUCCACUGGUAACAUUCAGCACCUCUUCAAUAAGCAACUAGAAGAGUGGGAGUGCAUGAAGGUGGUGCACAAGAAUCAAUUAUGUCCCUCCCUGGGGCAUCCAGACAACUUACUUCAGCUGGAAGUUUUGUGCCAAGAGGAAUCAAAAAGGCAAAAAGACCAAGCUGAUGCUAUUCAUCUCAACACAGAGAUGCUUAGGGACUGUGCUAUUGAGUGUGCUCAGAACUUUGUUUCUGCACUAGCUGCCUUCACAGAAAAGCUGCUUCUGGAAUUGGAUGAAAGUAUCACGACUGAUGACAUACAAGUACCGAAUAGUGAAACACCAAGGGAAAAGACAUCCAUGUUAAUCCGUCGUAAAGAAGCUGGACUUCCUCUAGAAAUCUGCAAAGCUGAACAGUUAAUUGAACGUGGGAGCAGGACUUGGCCAGGAAUACCCAUGACCACUCUUACAGACAAUUCAGACUAUAUUAUCUGCAAAGAAACUGCAUCAGUUACAACAGCAAAGACUACGCUGGGCCACAUAGCAGCAGUAGAAGCAAGAGAUGCUGUAUAUAAGAAAUACAUACGUAAACUUGAGCAGCACUUUGCCCAGAUCAAGAAAGAAAGUACAUCUCAGCUGGUGACAGUUCAGCAUUGGGAAAACUGGUGGAAACAGUCCAUCCAGAAGAUUAAGCAGUUCUAUAUGUGAUCAGUCAAAU